AUGCAAAAAAGUGUGAUUAUCUUCGUGAUUCUGUGUGCAAUUGUGAGUGCAAAGACCUUGCCGGACACCAAGAAAACACCCACACUGAUUACCUACGAGAAAUUGAGGAAAUCUCCUAAUGACUUGAGAUUAGUUACAACCCUCAGUAUUCUAAAUGGUGCACUUAAAGCGGAAGAAAAGAUGGAAUUGCGGCUACGAAAGAUGGCCAGAGAAUUCUAUGCAACCGCUCCUAAAUCUUCAAAAGAAGAAAACCUCCGACGAAUUGGACAAAUUGAGAAAUCCAUGGCAAGAGAUCGACGUGCAAUUGCUAUGCUUGGUGCAGCUCUUGAUCUCAGUAAGACAAACUCCUCUGUAGAUGAUUACCGGAGAACUAUUCAGCGAGCAGUUCGGAACAUCGAGGCAAGUCCUCCGCCGAACAAGGAGAUUUUCAGUGAUAAUGUAACACAGCAGAUAAAUGCUCUGAAGAAUUAUAUUGAUGCCCAUUUGACCAAGAUGCAUGCGACACUGGAGGAGAAGGGAAAAGAAAUUAUGAAGUACCUGAAGGCACAGGAGCGAAAAAUCCUGGCAAAUGUGAAGAAGGAAGAGAAGAAAACAACGAUAACAACAAAUCCACCGAUAACAACAAUAUCACCUAUAACAAUAAAACCACCGAAUGUCCUUAUCCCAGUUACUACAGGACAAGGUCCAUAUGCGGGUACUUUUGUAUCAUAUGUGCCCAUUUCAAACCCUCCGAUUUUCUUCACAGUCAAUGGAUUGUCGGACUUUACGCAAUCUCCGGAUGAUUUUAUAGCUCCCUACGUGGCGAGAUCGAGGCGACAAGACGAUAAAACUUCAGAGGAGUCUUCUAAUGCCAUUGAAAAUAGCAGCAAUGACAACAAAAAUAGUAACAGUGAACUUUCGCUAUCUGAUGAGGAUUCAGACGAUGAUGCACGUCCAGGUGGUCUUGUAGGGCUAAUUGCAUCCCUAAGUGGUGGAGAUGAAGGGUCCGACGUAGGGGCUCUCUUGGGAGCACUGACAGGGGUUGUUACAAAUCUCUUUGGGCCCGGUGGAUUGGAUAUUCCAUCACUUUUAAGUUCCGGUACAUCCCUACUAGCUGGACUUCUCGGGGGUGAUGACAAUUUUGGAAAAGUUCUAGCAGGAUAUGUUGUGACGGCCAUUGAUGGGUUUUCCGGUGGUGGAGCUGCGGAUCCGGAGAAUGAGGAGGGACCACCAAACCCUGGACUCUUUAUUAAAAACUUCUUUAAAGGCUUCCAUGAGGGCAAGAGGAGAGGUGGUGACGAAGGUGAUGAAGAAGAAAAGGAGGAUGACCAUUCAGGAAGUGCUGGUUUCUUCAAUUUCAUCUCAAAUUUCGUCUCAUCCAUUGCCGGUGGCAUCACGAGUUUCAUCUUGAACGCAUCUCUGGGCUCAUCGGGCGGCUCAUCUCAAGGUGUCGCCGACUUAUCAGGCAGUUCAUCGUCUGCCUCAUCUUCCGGAUCCCACUGA